GAUUCGCAACGGAAAUCGUCCAAAUCGCCUUUGUUUACUGACGUCAGGAGAAACGCGCUUGAUCGUAUAUACAUCUCUCGCACUCAUUUCUCCACGCCUAACCGGUUGACUCGGUACUUCUGGCGAGUCUGUCGUUUACAAUUGUUUCCCUGA